UUCCUCUGCCUGCGCCCGCGUCUUCCUCACCUGCGCCGUGGUGGAGGCAGGUAGGAUCCGGCCGGCCGGGCACGGUGCUGAGCACCACAUGAGCGCAUGGCCAGCGAGGCGAGGAUGGGGGAGGCCGCGCCGCGCUGGAGGAGAGCCCCGGAGGCAGCGCAGGACCUCCGGGGGCUGGAGAGCAGCGGGGUGCCGGGGGUCCUGCCCCGGAGCACGGCCACCGACCCGGCCCUGGGGGGCUACCAGGAGCCCCCCAAGCUGAGCUACAGCCCUGGGCUGGCCACGGACAAGGGCUGCCCCUGGAGGGGCUCCGAGGGUUGCGUGGAGCCGGCCGGCCUCCCGCUGGGCUGCCCCUACCCGCCGGCCCCGCAGCGCCUGCGGGACGCCCUGUGCCUCCCCAAGGACUCCGCCGAGCUGCCGCUGCUGCUGGCGCCCAGGAACGGGCAGCCCAAGGAGCCCCCGCGGUGGGCUGAAGCCGUGCUGGCCCCCCUGGCUCUCUACAGCCACGCGUACCACCGCUACCCCCUGCCCUUCCCGGCCGCGGACACCCAGCGCCCCGGCAAGCCCCGCGGGGAUGGGGACCCCCCGGCUUUCCGCAGCUGCCCCUUCCUGGUGGAGGCCAAGCACAGCCCCUUCCUCCUGUCCUCGCUGCUCCCCCCCGGCCCCCCGCCAGAGCCCGGAUUUGGUGGCGGGGGGCCGGAGGGUCCCGUGGGCGACGGGCGCUUCGCCGGCACCGACUGGCGCCUGGGUCCCUUCGUGCCGGCCUGGGGGGCGCAGCCCCUCUACCUGGGGGUGCCGCCGAGGUGCAAGGCGGCUCCGGGCGCCUUCGAUGAGAGCUGCGGCUCGGGGAGCAAGGAGUUUUACCCGAAGAAGGAGCCCGGCUUCCACCUCCAGGCCGAGGACCAGGAGCAGCUGCCGGGCGAGGGGCAGCCAGGGCACGGCGGAGACGGGGAGGGGGACACGGGGGUCCCAGAGCCGCCGGGUGCCCCGUGGAGGGAUGGCAGAGCGGGGGGCCUCCCGGCAGCACCCCCUCCUCACCCUCACACCCCCCCGCUCAGCACCGCACCCCCCCUGCUCCUCCCACAGCCCAGCGUGGCCGCAGGAGGGGUCUGGGUGGGCGCACGGCCCCACGCCCCCCAUUUCCCCCAGUGCAAACCCAAAGACAAGCGCCCGGCGUACCAAAGCCUCAAACCCGGCUCGCCGCCGGCACCGGGGGGCGCGGACCCCCGGCUGGACAGGCACCACCCCACGGCCCCCCCGUGCCCACCGGGGGGGGGCUGCGGGGCGCUGGGCCCCUUCGAUGCGCCGGGGCCGGAUGGUGACAGCACCCUGGGGGGCAACGGGGGCCGGUUUCCCUGCCCGCCCAGCAUCCACACCAAGCUGAAGAAGACGUGGCUGACGCGGCACUCGGAGCAGUCGGUGCCAAGGUGCAAAGGGGGCCGGAGGGACGGCCCCGAGGGAGCCGGCGAGGGCAAGCGCUCGGCCAAACGCCCCCACGGCGCUGCCGACGGGCACCGCGGUGCCGCCGAAGGGGCUGGAGCAGCCAAACGGGGAGCCAAGGCCACCGAGCGCCCGGGUGGCACCGAGCACCAGGGUGGCACCGAGCACCUGGGUGGCACCGAGCACCUGGGUGGCACCGGGAGCGGAGGGACCCCGGCGGAGAGGAUGGAGCUGGGAGAGGGAGGCCCCCCAGUCUGUGCCGGCCGGGCUGGCCCGGAGCCGUGGUGCCUGCAGAGCGUGCCCUGCACCGCCCUGCCCAAGAGCAUCCCGCGGUGCUGCGCUUGCGCUGCCCGGGCUGCGGGGAGCCCUGGCGAUGAAGAUGAGGAAGAGGAGCUCGCGGAGAGCACCUGCAGGCUGCUGCGCUUCCGCAGGCUCGCCUUUGGGGACGGCGGGGAGCUGAGCGUCGAUGGCUUCUGCACCGUGGACGAGGCGGAGGGGGAGACGGCGGCGCUGGAGGCGGCGGAGGGCUGGGGCAGGAGCAGCAGCGGCAGCCUCUGCCUGGCCAAGUACCUGCUGUCGGUGCUGGGGGGCCCCUUCUGCGCCGCCGUCCGCAGGGACAGGGGCGCGUGGCUGGGAGCCCACGGCCAGCCCGGGGGGCUGACGGCUUGGAGGCGCGGGGAAGGAGCCCCCCGGCUCUGCGACGCCUGCCAGCGCCGCUGCUUCAACUCGCACUGGAGCUGCGCCACGUGCGGCUUCCAGCAGUGCCCCGAGUGCCACCGCGGCCGGCAGCAGGAGGACGGGCACGGGACGGCCGCGCGCUCUCUCGCAGGGGACCCGGCACGGCCGCGGCGCUGCGCCCCGGGGCCCGACCACGACCCGGCGGCCCUCGUCCCCACGCAGUUCGUCCCCACUCGUGUCCUGGCCCGGCUCUGGCAGCAGCUGCACGAGGCGCGCGCCAAGUUCGACGUCAAGUGGCACUGUCCCUGCGGGGUUGGGGACGCCGAGCAGGGGCCGGCAGAGCCCCCCGGGGGCAGGCAGGAGAAGAUGGGGAGCGUGGCCCCCCCCCUCGUGCCCAGCACCAACGGCGAAACCACGGCCAGAGCCAUCAAGGAAGAGAGCCCCGAGGGGGGGCCGCCGUCGCCGCCGGGGCCACCGCCGCCCCCCCGGGGGGCCGUGCAGACAGCCACCCUCUGCGACCUCCUCGCCUCCACCGCCGUCAAGCUGUGCCUGGGGCACAACGGGGUGCGCAUGGCCUUCGCCCCCGUCGCGCCCCCUUUGCCCAGCGACAAUCGCCUGACCAGCAUCCUGGACAGCAUCAUCGCCCGCGUGGUGGAGAGGAAGAUCCAGGAGAGGCACGCGGGCUGCGAGCUCAGCUGCCCCGGCCCCCCCGGCCCCCCCGGGACCCCCGUUUCCCACUGCAUCCGCCCCGGGGGGCUGCUGUGGCUGCAGGACCCCGGCCACGCCACCAACUACCGGCUCUUCCAGGAGCACUGGCGGCAGGGCCAGCCCGUCCUGGUUUCAGGGCUGGAGAAGAGGCUGGACGGGAGGCUGUGGGGGCCCGAAUCCUUCCGCCCCCCCGGGGGGGAGCAGGAGGUGGAGGCGGUGAACCUGCGGGCGCAGCAGCGGCGCGUCAGGAUGGGCAGCGGGCGCUUUUGGGACGGCUUCGCCGCCAGCGCGACCUGCCCGGUGCUGGAGCAGGGCGCUGGGGACGUCUUGAAGCUGGAGAGUGGCUUUGGGGACAUGCAGCUGUGCCGGGCCACCAACCUGAGCUCCAGCCUGCCUCUGCCCGAGUACUGCGGCCCCCACGGGCGCCUCAACCUGGCCUCCUACCUGCGGGGCGAGCGGGGCCGCCGCUGGCUGCGCCCCCGCAUGUGCGCGGCGUACGGCGUGCAUCCCCAGGAUGGCAGCAUCGGCACCAAAAACCUGACGGUGGAGGCAGCCGACACCAUCAGCGUCCUGGUGCACGCCGCGGCGCGGCACGAGCCGCUGCUGCGCGCCGAGGAGGACGGCAUGGACGAGCUGCUGCAGGAGAGGCUGCGGGGUGCCGGCAGCCGGCCCGGCGCCCUGUGGCACAUCUUCCGCGCCGAGGACGCCGGCCGCAUCCAGGAUUUCCUGCACAAGGUGGACCAAGGGCAACGGGGGGUGGCUGAGGACCCCCCCGGCCUCUACCUGGACCCGGAGCUGCGGCGGCGGCUGCGGGAGGAGUGCGGGGUGAGCGCCUGGACCCUGCUGCAGUGCCUGGGGGACGCGGUGCUGGUCCCCGCCGGGGCUCCGCACCAGGUGCAGAACCUCACCAGCACCAUCGCCGUGGAGCAGCGGUUCCUGUCCCCGGAGAGCGCCGCCCGCCUCGGGGACCACGGCACCGGUCCCCCGGGGCCGCACGCUGGCUCCGGGCUCAGCUGGAUGGCAUGAUCCUGGCCGCCGUGCGGGAGGCCGUGGGCGUCCUGCAGGGCUGCAGGUGAGGCGGCGGCACGUCACCAGGACGCCGGGACAAAGGCAGCGCCGUGCCCGUCCUCACCCGCGCCGCCCGGUGCUGCUUGCUCGGUGCUUCGCCCUGCCAGGAAUAAAGAAAGGGUCGGCUGCGCCGCCA